AUGCUGCAUUCUGUCAGAAUCCAGAGUCACCAUUCGCCCAAUCAGCUGCCCAAGGCCCCACCUAGCUUGCGACCAUGGCGACGUCUCUUCUUUUUUCAAGUCUGGCCGGCUACUGCUUUUUGGCUGCUCUGCACUGCUCUGCUCUGUGACUCUGUUGAGUGUUUGUUCCGUCGUGCUCGUCUGCUCUCCCACCCCCGUGGAGCAAAAAGGGUAACAGUGCAGCAGGGGUCGUCGCCUUUUCCCCCAGCUAGGUCCACCAUCACCUCCAGGAGCCCCAGGCCGCCGCGAACGGUAUCAUUAUCCCACAUCAAAGCGCGCCUGAUACAUCGCAUUAUUUUUCGUUGCUCCACACCAACGCCGCGCCCAACCUGA